AUGUUAUUGACGACGAUACAUUGGGAAACAUACUUCAAUAUCUGCGCCCUUACUCCCCAACUUCCUCGUCACUCAGGAUCUUCAGAGAUCGUUUGGCACUGGCUCGCGCAUCCGCUCGUUUUCGCGAUUUAUGCCUUCGUGUCGUCUACCGAAACUGAUUAUAUUCUGGGAUCCUUUUCGCAAUGCACCCAAGUUUCCACCAUCUUCACGUUGGAAAUACAUCCUGACUGGAUUAAGCCCACCUCCCAGGUGGCUGCUGCCCUUCCUUCGACGCGCUUGAAAACCUUCUGCCUUGAGGUCGCUGAUAUGUACGGUGUCUUCCGACGAGGUAUAUGGCAUGGAUUUGUCGAAGCCAUACUGCUUUCUCCCUCGUUAGAAUUUUUGGAGUUCGACCAUGCUCCCUGGAUCUCCGGUUCGGAAAAAUUCCUUUCCAUUAGCUUGCACCACACUGGCAUUCGUCAAUUCGUCUAUUGUUCCCCUUUCUCAGAUGACUCUCGGUUCCGUCCUGAAUACGGUAGGAGGAGACUAGAGCAGCUCGAUGUAGAGGUUCAUAACCUUGGUAUUUUGCUCGAUGCUUUUCGAGAGACGUUCGAAGUGCUCGAAUUGCCAGCUGAGCUAGCAAGGUACCUCCUACUAGAGCCGUUUCCCUCCUUACAAGAGCUUCUCUUCUGCCGCCUUGCAUUCCCUCUGGUCCCGAGUUACGUCUGA